UAACCCUAAUCUCACACUCUCUCUUCUCCUCUCUUCUCUUCAUUUUGUUUUCUUAUAAUCAAUCAAAUGGCCGCUGCUGAUAUCGAGUAUAGGUGCUUCGUCGGCGGCCUUGCAUGGGCUACCAGCGACAAAGCCCUUGAAGAAGCCUUUAGUGCCUACGGCGAGGUCCUCGAAUCGAAGAUUAUUAAUGAUCGUGAGACUGGUAGAUCUCGUGGAUUCGGAUUUGUGACCUUCAACAACGAGAAAUCCAUGAGAGACGCUAUUGAAGGAAUGAACGGGCAGAAUCUUGACGGCCGUAAUAUCACUGUCAACGAAGCUCAGUCUCGUGGCGGCGGCGGAGGCGGAGGCGGAGGCUACAGAAAUGGUGGCGGCGGUGGAUAUGGAGGUGGACGUCGUGAAGGUGGUUAUGGCGGCGGCGGCGGUUACAGCCGUGGUGGAGGUGGUUAUGGUGGCGGCGGCGGUGGCUACGGAGGUGGCCGCGACAGAGGAUACGGUGGUGGUGGUGAUGGUGGAUCUAGGUAUUCCAGGGGAGGUGGUGCCUCUGAGGGUAACUGGAGGAGUUAGAGUUUAGAUGUGGUGUCGUUUUGUGUGUUUGGGAUGGGGGUUCUAUGUCGUUGGAUUUAUUUAGGUUAAUGUUAGUUUUGGUCCCUCUAUGAAAUGGGUUUGGGUUGCUUCUCUUGUUCUGGUUUCGAUAUAAUUAAGAAUUGUAGAUCAUUUUUGAUCGUUGAUUACUCUUACUGGUUACGCGUGUUACGGUAAUGAAGAGUUCAGAUCUUAAAGUUCUAUGAGCAAA